AUGAACAAUAUGAUUUCACGUGUCGCUGCUAAACAAUGCGUAACAUUGAGAGCAGUCACAAAUGUUACUCGCCGUAGUUUUGUUUCCAAAAUCGACGAUGCUAGCACCCAUACAGGCCAGAAAUGGGAAUCUGAUGACUACAGAUUGGCUCGGUUCAUGAAUGCCCCUAAGCAAGUUAAUCCUAACUGGGCAGUUAACUUGAUAGCAGAAGUACCACCAAAACAAGUAACUGAAAGAGUAGUAUGGUGCGAUGGAGGAAGUGGCCCUGAAGGACACCCACGAGUUUUCAUUAAUUUGGACAAGCCUGGGGACCAUUCAUGUGGAUACUGUGGUUUACGAUUUGUCAAAAAAGAUGGUCAUUAA